UCUGAGUCGCAUACCGGCACCCAUCUGCCAGCGUUCAAAAACGCGGGAAGUUUUAACUACACACAUAAACUCCACAUAACUUCUUUAUCUCUUCCCUUUUACAAUCACUUGAAAACUUUUUUAAUUUAACGUUAAAACCUGUGAGCAUUUUCGCCUUCCGUUUAACUAGUUUACGAUCAAAAGUGAUGUAAUGGCUAUGCCCUAUAUUCGAAUACGAUUGUUUCUGAGCGGUUAACCAAAUUCAACUCGUUAUCCAAGUGUUGCAUAUUAUUUGGCAUGUGAAUAAGCCGUUUUAUUGGUGGUAAAUGUGACUUUUAUGCGAGGUAAACGUUUUGUUUAUGUUAUAAAACUCAGUCGUUAAUUGCCAUUUUUGAACAACAAAUCUAUUGGUGAAUGUGGCACAAUUCAAGUUGUGGAAUGUUAUGUGGAAGAAUAUUUACGAAGUCGGUAGCCCGUGUAAUUUAGCUUUUAGCUAAGUGCUUUUACUGCAAGGUAUUUAGACAGGGAGUCUAAAGAUGUUGUAACUUGUUCAUUUUCAUCUUUUGAAAGAUGCAGCCUAAAAGUGUCAUUGAUACAAUCACCGAGGACUCUUUGAUUAUAUAAAAAAUUGGAAACAGUAGAUCUUAGCUAAGCCGGAGUGUGGUUCAAGACAAGAGGAUAUUCGAGUAAGCACAGUGGUAAAGCGGUUCGGAUGGUGUGCGAUGGUGGCGCCAUGCUGUGCCUGGAGUCGCUGAUGACGCGGUGGCGGGAGCGCGGGGAGCGCGGCGAGCGGCGUGCGCGCUCCCGGAGCCUCUGCUCCUCGGCAGCCGACGGCAGCCUCUUGCAACUGCUGCACAGGAGAGCCAGUAGCGCUAUCUCAUCAGCAAGUGAGCUCAUCUCGAGGCGGGGCGUCUUCUCUCGCAGACAGUAUGGCUCCGUUGAACAGUUGUCGGCAUCAACUGAGGCCGGUGGUGCAGCGGACACGGUGGUACGAAGAUACCGCCUCGAAAACGGCAAUUCGCUUGGAGAAAAGGACGAGUUAUUUGGACCACCCAGCGCACCAGUUCUGGAAAACCCGGAGUUCCAGACGCGAUGGUACUUCAAGUAUUUUCUUGGCAAAAUGCAUCAAAACUACAUCGGCGUGGAUGGCGCGAGGGAGCCAUACCUCCUAAGUGUAGUGCAGGAGGGCGCGGGUCUUUUACGAGCUAUUCUCUUCAACAAGAUGGGUGCGCAUAAAAUAUACCUACCCGCGAGCGCCUGGAGCGGCGGCGGAGGCCAGGCGCCCACACGGCCGACUAUCAAACAGAUUUUAGCUCAGUUUACUGCUAUCGAAAGGCUGGACAAAAUGCCUAGAGAGAUAACGUGUCCAGAAUUACAAAAAGAUGUUUUGCUCCUCGAAGAACAAGAGGGCUCGGUGAAUUUUAAAAUAGGCGUUAUGAUAAUGAAGCCCGGCCAGAAGACUGACGAUGAAAUGCUUUCGAACGAGAAAGGCAACGAGAAAUGGGAGCGGUUUAUUUCACUGCUGGGGGACAAGAUUCGAUUAAGAGGUUGGAAUCGCUUUCGAGGAGGCCUCGAUGUUAAAGGUGACAUGACAGGCAGUCAUUCCAUUUACACAAUGCACCAAGGCCACGAAAUUAUGUUCCACGUCUCGACAAUGUUGCCGUUUUCAAAAGACAACAAACAACAGCUGGAGAGAAAGAGGCACAUCGGCAACGAUAUAGUAAAUAUCGUGUUCACUGAAGACUCCACCCACAAUACAUUCAACCCGCAGUGCGUCAAGAGCCACUUUACUCAUAUAUUCGCAGUAGUAUCAGAAGUAGAAGGCGAAGGGUACAGAUUGAGCGUGUACACAGACGAUACAGUACCGCCAUUUGGACCUUCGCUGCCAUGUCCGGCAAUCUUCAACGACCCCCAACUGUUCAGAGAAUUUCUACUGGUCAAACUAAUGAACGGCGAGAAAGCGGCAUUUCAAACACCGACAUUCGCUUUGAAAAGACAGAGGACUUUAGACACCCUAAUUAGAGAUAUAUAUGCAGAACACUGCUCAGAUCACAAAGUGCCAAUGCUCUCCCGUCGUGCGUUAUCAGACGUGUGGUCGGGAGGAGCGGGUGCGGCGGGCGCGGGCGCCGCUCGCACGGAACGCUUCUUGCAUGUAGGCCAGGCUCUGAAGCUCGACGCUGUAUUGCGAGGAGAUGCUCCUACUAGUUUAGUGUCCAUGGGGUCGGGAGGGUCGCGGCGCGCGCCCUGGGAAGGUCGCCUGUGGCGCGCAGCCCCACUGCCCGCUACUCCAGUAUGCGCAGAGCAACUGGCGGAAGGUCGUCUAUUGCUGUCUACUACUUCAAACACAUACAUUCUUGAAGAAAGUGGCACAACAAAAGUGGUGCUACGCUGGGAGGGGUGCGUCCGCGCGGCUCGCAUCACGGAGCGCGCGGGGUUGUUCCGCGUGGGCGCGCGGGUGUCCGCGGGGGGAGGCUCCACGACGGGCGGGGCGGGCGGCGCGGGGGUGUACGCGUUGCCGCUGACGGAGCUCUGCGCUGGAGCCUGGGCUAUGAGGCCGUUACAGGAUUGCAAGCACGCGAGGCUGCCUAGAACUAAGACUGCACACCUAUUCGAUAUACUUGAACAGGGUGAAGGAGGCAAAACUUUUUUAGCUGUAGCAAUAGGAAGGAGAGUCCUUUUACUAUCUGAAGAACCUAACUCUGAUAAUGAAAUGGGUUUCGAAUAUGUACAUAUAAAGGAUAUCCAACUAAGCGAAUCGCCAAUACUAAUAAAAUUGAUGGAUGGAGAAUACGGAGUCAUGGUAGUCGGUUACAAACAUCAUUGGGAACUUUUAGAAUUGAAUAGCGUACAGAGUAUAAAACGAGCAGAAGGUUCAGAAGAUAGCGGGCCGCGACGCGGCGCUCUAGUUAAUGCGUUAAGAAUUGGAGACGAGAGAGAUGGUCAAAUUAUUUUAUGUUACAACCAUACGUGUCAUUUCGAGCGACUAACAAGUAAAGGCCUCGAAAGCGAUUGUGAAUAUGAUUUUCACUGGACGACCGUUCCUACUGCUGUUGUUUGCGCAUUUCCGUACAUAAUGGCGUUUGCUGAAGACUUGUUAGAAAUAAGAUUGGUUGCCAACGGGUCGUUAGUGCACGCGGCGUGCAUUCCUGGGUUGAAAAUACUUUGCGGUCGAAGGGAUAUAUUCUACGUAGCGUGCGCGCCGGAGUACGUCCCUCUGAGCCGCGAGAUAGACCCGUGCCUCGCGCUACACGACAACUACGAGCUAGUGCGACAAAUGAGCAAGUGUGGCCCUUACUCCAUUGAUGAUGACGACAACGGAGAGGCCAAGGGAGAUCCAAGUCAGAACAACCGCACAUCGGAGACCAACUCAGGUUCGAGUCGGAGCAGCUCCAUAUCAUCAGAUCAAGAGAACAUUCGCCCGCCGCUGCAGAGGAUGACGCCCAUCUCGCCACCUACGUCACCACAAGUGCUUCCAGAGAACAGCGGGCGUUGCGUGCGCAUCUACAAGAUCCCGCAGUGCAACCUGAGCGCCGCGACCUACCAGCGGCAGUCCGUCUCCGCCGACCAAGUCGUCACCUCCUACUUCUCCGACAGGCCGAACAGUAUAAGACAAAGACUAGCAGAAUUAAGGUUGGACAGCAAGUCGAGAGGAGGCGGCGAAGAAGACUCGAUAGAUAUUCCAAGUAUCCAAUCAUCGACAUCAUAAGUUGACACCUGUCUAUUAGAAGCGUAACUUUCAUUGAACCUGAAAUACUUUGAACUUGAAGAUGCGACUCUAAGCUCGUGCAAACUUAUAAAGAUUCAGCAAUUCAUUCAAGAUUGAGCACCCGCACUUUAAGCAAACUAUGGUUGCUCAAAUAUGAACACUACCUACUUUUAUAAGUCACAGUUUUCUGUGACUUAUAACCUACUUGUGUGCAGCCUAACGCCGACUAAAAACACCAAUGAAAUUCAGACCUUAUUGCUUGACGUUAAGAUUUUAAACACAAGAACAGCAGGGACUGUGCUAUCCUCAUUCAUAAUUCGCGCGUACAUAACAUAGCACUUAACAACCAAUAGCGGACGGACGCCUACUAUGAUUGGCUGAGAUAUUUUCACGCCAUUCCAAAAUGAGGUUUCUGCGCAAGUACAUCGGCGUAACUUAUAAAAAUGGUAUUAUUAGAUUUGCUUGUCCGUCUCCACUAAACGCACGAUUUUAAGAGAGGAAUUUGGCUCAGCAAGAUUUUUCGGCGGCCCGCCUCAGGUUAAGUCAACGUCAAACAGUUGCAUAUCACUAGGUUAAAGUUACGUUACGGUUACCGUUAAACAAGUGAGGGUUUGUUAACGUUGGACUAAAAUUUUACCUUCCUUAAUGAAGAAGGUAUGAAUACUGGCUUGUGCCACUGCUUUUUUUUUGGUGAUCAGUUUAACAGUAACCCUAACGUAACUUUAACCGUCUCAUAUGCAACUGGUUGUUAAACUAAUGCGACCCCUGUGGCCAGUGGGUACAAGAGUUCAAAGUAGGGUUGUAGCGUAAAACCUAUGGAGUGUAGAGGUAAGGAGCACGAUUGUUUAUGGAAGAAAAGUUGAAAAAGUGUCCAGCUAUAAACAGAAAAUAAUAGUUC